GCCGCGUUUGUCCCUAGUUCAGUUGGUGACUUUCGACGAACUCGCGCGUUAGCUCUUGUGAACCACGGACAGUAUAGCAGCGACUCUUUGGAGGCAGGAGUGAUGUGACCUUAUGUCGAUCAUCGCCUCCGAGUCCGUAGUGAUGAUGACCUGGGGAUGGAGUGGGACUCUGAUGUCCAUGAGUCAGAAUCUGAGCAGAUGCAUGAUGAUCCAGAGCCAAUCCCUGCUGCCAGUAGUCCGGGAGAAAUGGAGAGCUCAGAUAGUAGUGAGAGUGAUAUGGACUGGACGAACGAGGAGGAUGGCAUUGCAGCUCAAUCAGAGACAAGCAUGACAAAGAAUGGGGGACAGAGAGGGAGACCUAGAGGAAGAGGAAGAGGGAGGGGA